GAGCAAAGAUCCACCUCUUCACGGAUGGCUCCAAAAACCCGAAGCAGCCGAGCGACGACGCCUGGUCCGUGGUGAUCGUCGGCGACGACAACCACGGCCUCAGCUUCCAGGGAGCCAUCGUCGGGAAGCACAAGAGCGGCACUGACAUCGCCCUCAAGGACAACAGCGACCACGAGACGACCUCCACGACCGUCGAGAUCACCGCCCUAAUCUGGGCCUUCGCCUGGGUGAUACACUACAACCCCCACCACAUCACCACGAUAUCAACGGACUCGCUCGGCGCCCUGCAGCUCGCGAAGAGGCUCGCCUUCACCGCCCAUGACCCCGAACUCGCCAGGACUCUCUGCAUCCUCUACGACAUGGUCAGCCAUAAGAUAAACCUGAAGCACGUCCACACCCACGACCACAACCCGUGGAACGAGGUUGCUGAUGCUGCCGCAAUCCACGGACGUCUUCGAGAAGUUCCAGUUCCCCAGCAAGAGUGGGCAAGCAUCAUGGACGGCGCAUCCCAGCGGGACUGGGAGUUCCUGCUCGACGCAGACCCCAACACUCGGGAGGCCUACCCCGAAUUCGGCCACGGCAGCCUCAUAGCCAGCAGGGUCGAGACGACCGCCGAGGCCCAACACUUCCACAAACCCACCGAGUCCAGUGACAAAAAGAUUCAAGUUGAAAUCAACAUCGCGACCUUCAACAUCCAGUCAGGCAGAGAGCCCAAGGAAGGACAUGACGACGAUGCCACAUGCGCCAACGCCAACAGCUACCACAUCAUCUCCAGCCGCCAUAAGGGGUUCAACUACGGCUGCGAGCUGCACGUUCUGCUCAGCAAGCCUUACGGCAAGAACGGCAAGAAGGAGCUCGACUUCAGACCCGACCAGUUCACAAUCACCGAAAAAGACCCCAUGCUCCUUAUCGUCCGCGUUGCCGCCCCUGGCUUCAACCACGUGCUUGCCGUCGCCCACGCCCCGCAUUCGAAGGCCCUUGAGACCGAGAGGGGUCGCUACUGGAAUGGGCGCCGCCUCCAUGAGCUUCUCUUGCCCAACCAUCUGACAGCCGCCAACACCUUUGUCAACCACGGACCCGAGCACUACACCUGGCACUCGGGCAAGGACCCACACCGCAUCGACUACGUCAUCACCCCCAAGAGCUACAUCGACUCAAUCGAAGAGUGCUCCGUGCUCUACGGCAUCGACAACGGCCAGGGCCCAGAGACCAACGACGACCACGACCCCGUCGAGCUGCAGCUCGCCUACCAGAUCGUCUCGUCCGUCACCAAAGGCGCCCCUGAGCUAGACGGGAGCAAACUGGCCGACGAAGGAUGCCGCAAGAAGUUCAACCAAAAACUCAAAGAAAUCCAAAACCCGUCGUGGGACACGAACCUCAACGAGCACCUCGCCACAGUCACCGAGAAGAUCACGGAGGCCGCGCACGGGUGCUUCCGCUCCCACGGCCGCACCCCACACCAGCCCUACAUCACCAAGCGCUUUUUCACCAUUCUGCGGGUUCGCCGCUCGCUGCUCAAGGAAGCUCUGCUACCCGACCCCGCCGAUGUGAGCGUCCUGGCCGACCUCAGCGACUACGUGCAACUUGCGGUGGCUUCCCUCAUAUCCAGCGCCCCCAGCCUAGCGGCCAGCGCAGAGGAAACCGAUGCAGCCAACACCGUGGACAGCACCCAGCACUACUUCGACGCCCUCGUCCAAUUCCUCAGGACAUCUAAGCCUGUCCACCAGAAGUGGAUCACGAGAGAUCGCGACGCCUUCCUCGAGAUGACCGCCGGCGAGAUGAGCACCGCGAUCGACGACCACGCCCCUCGCGAGGAGGCCCUGCAUGCCAAGCGGCUCCUGGCCUUCGGAGGACGGGGGCCCAAGCAGCCGCCGACGCCCAUCAUCCGCACCAACGAUGACGGGAAGCCCCUCGCGACGAAGAGCGAGAUCGCCGACCACGCCCUGGCCUUCUACGGCAAAAUUGAAGAGGCCACAGCCACGGACGCAGACGGGGUAGCAGCUGACUACAACAAGAGGACCCGCCACGAGGGGCUUGAACCGAAGAUCCAGAACACAAUGCCCAAGCACCAGCUGACCAGCCAGCUUGCCGCCGCCAAGCGAGGGCGCCCAGGCGGCCCCGAUCAGCUCACCGACGACAUGUCCAGAGCUAGCCCUGGAGGGAUGGCUCGUCUGCUCCACCCCGUCCUCGUCAAGACCCACUUCGAGAGCACCGAGCCCAUCGCCGCCAAGGGCGGGUACUCCACUUACUUCCACAAGGGGCAGGGGGUCAUGGAACUGCAGAAAUCCUACCGCGGCAUCCUGCUCAACAACACCAUCGGCAAGAUGCAUGGCAGCUUCCCCCGCCCCCGCGUGAAGGGCCUGCUACCCGAGUUCCUGGAAGCGACCCAGUGCGGCGCCCGACCCAAGAUGGCAACGGAGUUCAUUACCCACACCAGCCUUGCCUUCGUCAGGGACUGCCAAAGGAGGUCAAUAUCAUGCAGCAUCACCUUCCUGGACCUCAGGGAGGCCUUCCACUCAGUCAUCAGGGGGUUCUGCAUGCAGCUGCCGGCCUCCGCUGACGAGCUCAACGACCUCGUCGAAAGAAUCGACAUCCCCGGCUUUCUCAGACCAGCGCUAAAGGAACGACUCCAGCAGACCGCCUACAACAACCAGCACAUCGACGACGAACACCUCUGCCACAUGAUCGCAGAUCACCACACCACCAACUGGAUGACAGUCAAGAACGCCAGGCACCGCCAGCUGCCUCGGACCAGCACCCGACCUGGAGUGCCAUACUCUGACGUAGCCUCCACCAUCCACUUCGCCAUCAUGCUGGGGGCGAUCGACCAGGCAGUCAUAGAAGAAGGGGCCUACGGCCAGUCGAUAGGUGGCCACGAGAUCGAGGAGGGCACCACCUACCUCGAGUUGGACGGACUAUCGAUCAAGGUGCAGUCAGUAAUGCAGCAGAAAGCCCUUGGUACCAUCAUCGCGGCGAGUGGGGUCAUGGGGCCCGAAAUGUGCUUAAGGGUCAACCGCGCACUCGGAGCAGCCCAGCCCCUGAAGAAGCAGCUCCUCCGCCGCAAGAAGCUCUCGAAGAAAGCCAAGGUGAAGUACGCCCAGUCGCCUUCGACCUCCUCGCUGACAUGCAACCGCCACGUCUGGGGCGACCUGACUCAAAAGGACCGAAAACACAUAGCCGCCAAGUACAUGGGGCCAUGCCGCGUGGCAGUCUCCUUGCCCAAGACCAACUCACCCGACCAGCGCGUCUUCGAAGCCGCGGCGAUCGCCAAGACAUGGUGGCCCAGCCAAACCCAGCACGACCGCGACGUCAUCAACUGGGCCCGACAGAAGCCGAAGCUCUUCACCAACGCUGUCAAGGCAGCGGUGAAGGCCUAUAUUCACCACAUUCGUGACCAGGCUCAGAACGCCAAGCUCCAGAGGGACAUUCAGAUGAUCCCCGCAGUGGCUCCAACAGACGAGUUCGACCACCGCGACGACAUCAACAAACAGAAGUAUGUCUGCUACGCCUGCGGCCGCGUCGCCACCAGGCAAGGCAUGGCAGUCCACGUGGACAGGGAUCACCCUGACCACGAGGACCCGCGCUCCUGGGCUACAGGCACCGCGUGCCCAUGCUGCCAGACCGAGCACCACGCGCUCCCGAGGCGCAUCAGGCACGUCUCGGUGGCCCACCGCUGCCGCAAAUCCUGGCGCGCCUGGCGCCUCCAGACGUUCGAGCCGCUGACGGAGCAGCAGAUAGCAGAGAACUUCAACGCCAUCGCCGAGGCCACAAACACCCGCAAUAAGCAAGCCGAGCGCCAAGCGGUCGUCUUGAUCACCGACCACCCUCGACAAGCCGCCGACCUCCAGCAGAUCAUGGCCAACAGCGGGAUCACGCGCAUCAGCGGCUUGGACUACGCCCAGAUCGCAAUCCACGGCGACGGCCAGCCUUCAGCACCCUUGGGACUGCCUGAAGUGUCCGAGACCAUCGCCGACGAGAUCUUCGUCGCCAACAACGUUACCAGAGAGGUCCUGCGGAUGCUCUUCGCAGCGACCUCAAACCGCGCCCCCUUCGUCGCCGCCAUCGCGGCAGAGUCGACCUGCAGGCGUACCCCCGAAUGCCGGCACAUUGCCAAUCAGACGACGGUUAACGAGACCGCGACCCAGCACCAUGACCUCGGCGCCACACAGAUACUCGACAAUGGCACUCGCGACGACCUCCGCAACAGACUGACCACAGCAAACCCAGAGGAGAUCGAUUUUGCCAUCGCCGACCUGCUCGACGUCAACAAAGCGGCUAGAUGGGGUCUCAGAACCGCGACCGCUGCGCCUACCAGCCAGAACCUGAACAAUAUCGAC